AUGUUAGAGGAAGUUGUUUCAACGGACGCACGAGAAAAUGAAGUUACCAAAACUUGCAAAAUGCUUGAGUUUCCAAAACUGAAGGAAGUCGAACUGGAUGAUUUGCCUAGAUUUAAGAGCAUCACAUCUCAAUCAAAUAGCGAUGUUGUUCCUCAAACAUUGUUCAACCAGGUCACCUUUCCUAGCAUGGAGGCGUUGGAUGUUCGGAACUUGGAUUGUAUAGUAAAGCUACUAGGCAAGGAAAUGCCAAUAACAUCUUUGCAUAAACUAGAAAGGAUGAUGGUGUCGAGUUGUGAUAACUUGCCGACCAUUGCAGAAUCUGAUUCAAUUAAGUUACUGCAAAAGCUUGAUUUUCUUAGUGUGUAUUUUUGUGAUGCACUUGAAGUAUUGUUUGACUUUGAGGGUAUAAAGGAUGGUUCCAAAAGGAAUUCCUGUCUUCCAAAAUUUGACACGUCUUAA